UGCUUCACGUUACUGUGGUCGUCGGCUUCUUUCCGCAACCUUUUUCUAUAAAGAACUCUCCCUUUUAUCUCCUCCCUUCAUCACCACUACUCCUCCUCCUUGUCCUUCGAUCCUUCUCUUCUUCCAUCCUCUGAACUGAAGGAUAAAUAAAGCAGCAUAACAUGGGACUGUGAUCUCGAGAAGUCGGAUCAUAACACACUCAAAUGGAUCACAAGCCGAGUCCUGUAAGGUGUGGAGCUUUGAGGCUGCCCCCCGGGUUUAGGUUCCACCCCAGCGAUGAAGAGCUAGUUGUUCAGUACCUCAAGAGGAAGGUCUUCUCCUGCCCAUUGCCAGCUUUCUUCAUUCCCGAUAUCGAUCUCAGGAAGCACGAUCCGUGGAACUUACCUGGUGCGUGCCAAGGAGAGAGGUACUUCUUCAACCUUAGAAAGUCCAGGUAUCCUAAUGGCAAGCGAUCGAACCGGGCGGCGAGCUCCGGUUACUGGAAGGCCACAGGGAAGGACAAGCAGAUCGUAGCUUCCGGGUGCAACCAGGUGGUGGGGAUCAAAAAGGUUUUGAUCUUUUACAGAGGAAAACUUCCUGCUGGUUCUCGAACUGAUUGGAUUAUGCAUGAGUAUAGCCUUGCCGGCUCUGAUAACCCAGCCUUGAUCUUUCCGCAAAGGAAGAACUCAACUCAUGGUAUGAUGGUUCCAAACCAAGAUUGGGUGCUCUGUCGCAUUUUUAAGAAGAGAAGAACCACCAACAUGGUCGAUGAGAUUGAACAAGACCGCGACGAGGGCAAGAUUAGAAGCAGUGCCGCUGGUUUCAUUGAUUUCAUGCAGCAGAGAGAGAGUGAUCAGACACCAUCCUCAUCCUCUUCGCCUUAGAGGAGCUGUGUCGCUGAGCUCUUCGAAGAAAGCAUGAGUUCAUCUCCCUGAGGAAUAGAGGCCAAUUAUAUCAGUUGUUUCGCGUUGCUGUAUCAAAGUUUAGUCUGUAUGUUCUUUCCCUGAUCGGAAACCUAGUGAGAAUACACUAAGAGCGCUUAACUCUAGGAUUUGUAGUCUCUGCAUCUUCUCUCUAAAGUUUCCUGCUUGUAAACACAUGGUUCAAUAAUUAAUCCGACCUUUAUCCUUACUUCCUA